UCCUGUAAAAGCCGACAGAGGUUUGUCUCGUGACAGCUGUUUGGGCUCUUCCCUCAGAAGAUGUGGUUGGAGGAGGGGUUGUGGGUGUGACGUAGCCAGCAUUGUUACCUCCCAUAACCGAGAUCGCCGCUAGGAUGAGAAGGUUCUCUGUGUAAUCGCCGGUCCGGUCGCCGAGUUCUCACUUCACCAUGUACCGGAGUGGGAAGCGGGGCACAGCAUCAGCCCAGCGGCUCCCUGUAUCGUGUGACUGACCGGGACUGUACAACAUCCCUCCGCCAGGAAGCAACAGGCUUCCUAUUUACCCCCACUCAUUCCGCGGACAUGCCCGGCUCCGCUUUACAGAUCCUCGUCUCUCAUGGGCGCCAAGCGCUGGGCCGCUGGAUCCACGGCCGGGACCUUCCCGAUAACCCGAUGUCCUCGGAGCCUUCAGGGGAGUCCGGCCAUGCCCAUUCCCCGCUGCUGCUGCUCCAGGCGGACGGUGGUGCCACCGGGGUGUGUUGGUGCCGGAGCGCUGUGCUGCUUUGCGCCCUGAGCGCUGUGUGUUGCGCCUCCCUAGCGAUGGGCCGACAUUACCUGAAGGAUGUGCUGCUGUGGCUGGAGAGCCUGGACAGUCUGGUGGGGAUGUUGCUCUUCAUCGUGGGCUUCAUCCUGGUGUCGCUGCCCUGUGUGUGGGGCUACAUCGUGCUCAAUGUGGCUGCCGGCUACCUGUACGGCCUGGUGCUGGGGAUCGGACUGGUGGUGGUCGGGGUGCUCAUUGGUACCUUCAUAGCCCACGUGCUCUGCAAGAAACUGCUCACCCACUGGGUGCUGGCCAAGAUACAGACCAGCCACAAGCUGGGAGCCGUCAUACGGGUGGUGGAGGGGGGCAGUGGGCUCAAAGUCGUGGCCCUGGCCAGGCUCACCCCCAUCCCCUUCGGACUACAGAAUGCUGUCUUUUCGAUUACAGAUCUGUCUCUUCCCAACUAUCUCGCAGCUUCUUCAAUUGGGCUUUUUCCUACUCAGCUAUUAAAUUCCUACCUAGGAACCACAUUACGCACGAUAGAGGAUGUCAUUGCAGAGCAAAGUGUGAGCGGAUAUUUCAUCUUCAGCUUGCAGAUCAUUAUAAGCAUAGCACUUAUGUUUUAUGUUGUCCACCGAGCUCAAGUGGAACUGAACGCCGCCAUCAUAGCUUGUGAAAUGGAACUCAAGACUUCUCUUAAAGGCAGUCAGCUCAAUGGUGGCCCUUACUGCAGCAAAAGAACUUUGCUUUCUGGCAUAAAUAUAGUAUGAUUCUCGCAAACACUUUUUUUUUUUUUUGGAUGAUCUAAACCUUUGUCCAUUGCCAAGUUAAUGGGAUUAAUGCAAAGCUUAUAUACUUCCUCUUCUUCGGAGGGCUCCCCUGGGAAUUCCUCAUAAACUCUGUAAAAUCAAAUCCCAUCGACUGUUCCUGAUUGGAAUAAGUACAUCCAUGCAAAUGCAUUCUGUGCCAUGGCAUAACCAGUGCACUUUUUCCUCUACAGACCAGGUCUUUGUCUUGGCAUAUUUAUUUAUUACUGAAACAUAGAUAGAAAUUGAAAACCUAUGAAAGCAAUUAUGUUUGCGAUUUUACAUUCUGUUAACGAGUGCUGCUAGAAAUACCUAGACAGUGUUUUUUUGGGGUUUUUUCUAAGAACCACCGGACUAUUUUCUUGUAAAGGAGACCGUGGAAGCUUACACCCUACCAAGUGAGACCAAGUGCUCUUAAACUAGUUAUUUUUUUGUUGUUGUUGGGUUGAGCUCUCUAGAAUUUCAAGAUCUGGGCGAGCAGAUCUUUAAAGCCAUCUUUCUUUAUUAUGUUUAAGUGAGUUUUAGGGAGACCAGUUGGAAUGGAUCAUUUCCACUAUACGAGGGAAGGUACAUUUCAAUAGUCAUAAUUAAUAGUCAGUGGAAUCUACAGCAAAGAGAACCAUUUGCUCCAUUGUGGGAUUAAUGUUACCCAUGCCCUUUCUAGCAUAUUAUUUUGAAAAUCCAAAGGGGUAAUAAGUAUUCAGAGAAAGUGGUUUGGCAGAGUACACAUGUUUUGUUGCAGAGCAGGCAGCAAGGAAGAGAUCAGGAAAUGGUUUUCUAAAAUGUAUGUCACUUAAAACCACCAUCUCAACAAUAUAUGUGUUUUGAAUAUUGAGAAGUACUCCCAAAUAACGGAGAAGAUGAAAUAAGUUUGUGUGGCAGAAGUAAAGAAGUGUCUUCACCUGUAUGUGGGAUCACAAGAAGGAUUCCUGCAUGGUAGGUAUUUCAGUCUCUGCAACCUUCUCAGGGAAAAUCCGUGCAAUCAAAAUGCCUGGAAUGGAAAGCUGGCACUUCUUGCUAUUAGGCCUAAUUAGUCUUAAAUGAGAGAGUCCCAUCCGCUAGUGUCACUCUGGGGCAGAUUUAUGAAGGGCCGAAUAGUAAAUUUUCGAGUGUCAAAAUUCAUACAUUCAAAUUGUAAUCCCCCUAUUCGAAUGUAAAUACGAAUGUGAGAUUUAUCAUAGCUCGUCCUAAUUCGAAUAUUCGCCACUUUAAACCUGCUGAGUCCAUGUACAUUUGGAGAUGUUAAUAGCCUUCCUGACAUUCAAGGUUUUUUCAGAGAAAAACUGGAUUCAUACAAAGCGAAUACAAUUUGAAUGUAUGGGUUGGAACCAUUAGAUUGAAUAGUAGACAUACAUUUUUUUUCUUAAAUAACCUCCCAGUCAAAUUGUGAGUAUACUUGAAUUCACAUGAAUUCAAAAUGCGACCUUUGAUAAAUGGGCCUCUAAGUAUGUCACGGACCUCUGCUCACGGACGCCAUGUUUGGUAACUUCGGAUCCUCUUCUUACAUUCGGCUAGCUACAGAACUUUCCAGCGCAUGUGCGGUGGUCCUUUACCAAACGUAUCCGAAUUUGGCACUCGUGAGCUCUGAUGCGCUACUUUGCAUGCAGUGGUCUCUGCAUCAUUCAGCAAUGCUUUUUUAAAGUAAUGGGCUAUGCAGGGAGCAAGCAGGAAGGGGUUAGUUCUCCUUUAAUGUGAUGUUUGAUGUAUUUUCACUGGCAAAGAAAACAGCAAUACUUCUCUAAUACUUUGUGCAUGCAGGCAGUCAUAACCAUAGCAACCACCUGUCGCUAUGCACACAGGGCAGAUAACGACCACUAAAGGAAUAGUAACACCAGAAAAUGAAA